GGAGGGGGCUCGGCGCGGUGGGUGCGGGCGCGCAGAGGGCGGCGGCGGCGGCAGCCAUGGACGGGCGGCCCGGGGCGAGGUCGACACCGGAGCUGCGGAAGGAGCGCUCGCGGGACGCGGCCCGUUGCCGGCGCAGCCGGGAGACCGAGGUCUUCUACCAGCUGGCGCACACCCUGCCCUUCGCCCGCGGCGUCAGCGCCCACCUGGACAAGGCCUCCAUCAUGCGCCUCACCAUCAGCUACCUGCGCGUCCACCGCCUCCUCGCUGCCGGUGCCUGGGCGGCGGCGGCGGAGGAGGUGGAUGGGUGCUACCUGAAGGCGCUGAGCGGGUUCGUGAUGGUGCUGAGCGAGGCGGGCGACAUGAUCUUCCUCUCCGAGAACGUCAACCGGCUCCUGGGGCUCAGCCAGCUGGAGCUGAUCGGCCACAGCGUCUUUGACUUCGUGCACCCCUGUGACCACGAGGAGCUGCAGGACGUGCUCAGCCCCCGGCAGGCGGUGCCGCGGCGGCGGGGGGAGCGCUCAGGGCGCAGCUUCUCCCUGCGGAUGAAGAGCACCCUGACGGGGCGCGGGCGCUGCCUCAACCUCAAGGCAGCCUCCUGGAAGGUGCUGCACUGCGCGGGCCACAUGCGGUCGUAUGCGGGGGCCGGGGGGGGCGACCCCCCUCUGCGCUGCCUGGUGCUGAUCUGCGAGGCCAUCCCCCACCCGGGGGCCAUUGAGACCCCCCUGGGCUCCGGCACCGUCCUCACCCGCCACUCCAUGGACAUGAAGUUCACCUACUGUGACGACAGGAUCGGGGAGGUGGCGGGGUACACCCCCGAGGAGCUGCUCGGCUGCUCCCUCUACGAGUACGUCCAUGCCCUCGACUCCGACACCCUCAGCAGGAGCGUGCACACCCUGCUGAGCAAGGGCCAGGCGGUGACGAGCCAGUACCGGUUCCUGGCCAAGCGCGGGGGGUUCCUGUGGGCGCAGACCCAGGCCACCGUCAUCGCCAACAGCCGCAGCGCCCAGCCCGAGGGCAUCGUCUGCCUCACCUUCGUCCUCAGCCGUGUGGAGCAGCGGGGGGUGGUGCUGUCGCUGGAGCAGACCCAACGCCGGGGGGAAGGGCGCCGCCUGCCCCCCCCCGCCCCCGGCCCCGACACCCCCGAUGCCAUCCUCAACCUCAGCCUCGGGGUGGGGGGCCCGCGGGUGCUGGCUUUCCUGCGCCCGGCCCAUGUCCCCGAGGCGGUGCUGCAGCGGGACCCCCGGCGCUUCUGCUCCCCCGAACUCGCCCGUCUCCUCGCCCCCAUCUUCGACCCCCCCCCAGCACCCUCCCGCCGCCGCCCCCACAGCCCCUCCCCGCCCCCCGGGGACGAGCUGCUGUUCGAGGUGCAGAAGCUUUUCGCGGGGAGCCCGGGGCCCCGAACGGCCCUGCAGGCGUCGCCCCUGGACCUGGCCAUGCUUGCCCCCUACAUCCCCAUGGACGGCGACUUCCAGCUGGGCGGGGCCGAGGCGCCGCGUGGGCGGGGCCCGCGCCCACCCGGCCCCGCCCCCUCGGCCGCGGCCCCGCCCCCUCGGCCGCGCGCCCGCAGCUUCCCCGGGCGCGGCUCCGCCCCCUCCCGGCCCGGCCCCGCCCUCCCGCGCUGGGGCAGCGACCCCGCCCUCGGCCCCGCCCUGGCGCCCCGCCCCACCAGGAAGAGGGCACGGGAGCUGAGCGGGGAGGACGCGGGGGCCCCCCUGAAGCGCCCCGAGCUCGACCCCCACCUGCUGCCCCCCCUCGGCCUGGGGCUGCUGCUGAGUGGGGAGGACCCCCCGGGACUGAGCCCCUCCCUGGGGCAGGAGCAGCCUCUCGCGCUGCUGGCUGAUGGCCUGGCCCUGCCGGGGGUCCCCCCGCACCCCACCCUGGGGCCCCCCCAGGAGGAGACCGAGGGCCACCCAGGAGGACCCCCCCGGGGUGCAUGUCUGGGGAGCAACUGAGGGGGGGGGGCUGCAUAUGGAAGGGGCCGCCCCCCCCGCAAAACCACGGAGCCCCAACCACCUUGACGGGGACCCCAGAACACAACUUCUCUCCUCAAAACCCAAGGAGGGGGGUCUGAAACACCCCCCAAUACCCAAUGGGGAACCCCCAAAAAACCAGCCCCCCCAACCCACCCCACAAGUGGGGGGGCCCCCAACCUGGCACUCAGUGGGGCCCCCCUAAACCCAUGUCCCCGGUGAGGGGGGGGACACCAAAAGCCAUGACAUCUCCCACAGACCCUGGGGUGCCCUCAGUGUCCCCCCUCCCAGCCUGGGGUGCCCCCCUCCCCCCAUUAAUUUCCCCCCCUUGAUGCCCCCUCCUCCACCAGGCCCCCAUCCUUGGGGGCUUUGACCCCCAAGUGUGGGGGACACCCCUCCGGUCUGUUGCCCCGCACUCAUGGGAGCCCCCCCCACACCCCCUCACCCAUGGGGCACCCCUUGGGGACCCACCUGUAUCUCCCCCCCCAGCCCCCCAGCUCCGAGGACCCCUUGGAGGGCCCCCCUCAAUUUGGGACCCCCCAACCCCCCCAGAUCCUCCCCCAUAGGGAACCCACUGAGCCCCCGCUUCUGGAGGUCCUCAUCACCCCCCCAACCAUGAGGCCCCCCCCCCCCUCCCCCCCAUCUUCUCAUGGGGCCUCCCAGGGCCCCCCCCUCCUACCUCAGCCUGGCCCCCACUGGGGGGGCAUGGGGGGGGCCCAUCCUCCCCACUUGGUGCUGGGCUGAAAAUGCCCCUUUGGGGGGGCCCCAGAGACACCCCCCCCCCCCCUCCCCCCAUCAAAUCCGGGACCACUGGGGCAGCGCCUCCGUCCCCGGGGACCCCCCUUUAUAGUGCUCUGUCCUGCACGGCCCUGGGGCCUUGGAGAGACAUCCUUGUGCGAGAGCCUCGUGCAAGAGCUGCCCUCGUGCAAGAGCUUCGUGCGAGAGCCAGCCUCAUGUGAGACCUGCCCUCGUGCAAGGGCCUUGGGCAAGAGCCCUGGGUGAGAGCCAGCCUCGUGCGAGGGCCUCACGGGAGAGCUGACCCUGUACAAGAGCCUCGUGCGAGGACCUCGUGUCUAACACUUGCGCCCUCGUGUGAGAGCCGUCCUCCAGCAAGAGCCAUCCUCACGCUGAACACUCGUGCGAGAGCCACCCUCGUGCAAGAGCCGCCUGUGUGCAAAAGCCUUGUGCGAGGACCUUGUGCCUCAGCCUUGUGCAGGAGCCGCCCUUGUGCAAGAGCCUUGUGCAAAGGCCUCCCACCAGAGCCUUCGGGGUGAGCCGCCCUCGUGCGAGAGCCCCCCCCUGCCACGUGCCUUCCCCCCCCCAACCCCCCGCUCGGCUCUCACCCCUGAGCUGGGGCGAGCAGAGCUUGCACGAGGGGCCUGUCCCUUGCACAACAGCCCUCGCACGAGGAGGGGGCCGGACGCCGCUGCCCAGAGCCGCUGGGACCCACACGCACACCCCCUCUGGCCCCCCAGUGAGGCCCCGCUGCCCCCCACAAUGUCGCUUUGGGGGGGUGGGGGGGUGUCCUGUACCUCGCCCCCCCGCCAGUGUGCUCCCACACGCUUGUGCACAGGCCACGUGCGAGGGGGGGGCCCGCACAGACACACGCACAUGCACCCCCGCGGGGGGGGGCCGCAUGGGGACACGGACGGUGUCACACACAU